AUGGAACCCUCAGGGGUGACGAUCGCCGAAAUCUGGCGGGAGUCCAGCAGCUCCUCCGUCGGCGACUCAGCCUGUGACUCCGAGUCGGGCCCGGUGACUCAUGUGGAGCUGAUGGAGCUUUACCACCUGGCGCCCGGCCUGACCGCCCACCGACACUCCCUGGGACGCUGGUACCCAGACACCGGCGCACAGCGCUGGGAUAACCACUCCAUCUACGAGAGACGCAGAGACUUCAGCGGUCUGACCCUCAGAGUUGCCACCAAAGAGGGUGCUCCGGUGACCACGUUCCUGCAAACGCCGGUACCUGAUGUGGGCGGAUACAUGGGCGAGAUCUGGAAACUUCUCGCGAACGUCCUGAACUUCAAUUACACGGUGGCUCCGUCCGUGGACGGCGAGUGGGGCGGCCUGGACGCCAGCGGCCGCUGGACCGGCCUGGUGGGCAUGCUGCAGCGCCAGGAGGUGGACGUCAGCGUGGGACACCUCUCCAUCACGCGGGACCGCAGCCAGGUCAUCGACUACACAGAGAGCCUCUUCAUGCUCGGGUACAGCCUAUUCAUAAAGAAGCCGUCCACGCUGGACUUCAGCUGGACAACCUAUCUGGACUCGUUCGACGGGACGCUGUGGGCGAUCUUGUGCCUGACGGUGCUUUGUGGCAGUGCCAGCAUGACCUUCAUGCACACCUUGGAGCGGCGCUGGCUGGCCACAGACCGACCCCGGGACAGUGACGGGCCGCUCGACACGCUGCUCCGCUUCUUCGGCAUCGCCUGCCAGCAAGGCGCAGACGAGACGCCGGGCGGCAUGGGCACUCGCUUCUUCUUCUGGGCGUUCUUCCUGGCGAUGGUGAUCGGUCACGCCGCCUACUCGGCCACGCUGGUCUCCUUCCUGGCCGUCCAGUCGCUGGUGCUGCCCUUCCACGGCCUGGAGGGCCUGCUCAACGACGGAACCUACCGGCUCGGAGUCGUCAACGGAACGUCCAUGUACGACUACUUCAAGUGCGGACCAGCGUGA